GUCGUCUCCUCUCCUCUCACUUGUCUCCUUCCUCUUCUUCGAUCUCUCUCUCUCCCCUCAACCAUCUCGAUUUCGAUCUCGCCGUGAAGCAGCAGAGGAGCAAUGGAGAUGCUGAGGCGGAACCUGAAGCGGCAGGCGUCGCGGUCACUCUCCGCCUUCGCCGUGUCCUCGCCGCGGGCAGGCGCUGUCGCCGCCGCCGACGCCGACCAGGAGAACCUCCACCCAAACCUGGCCGCCGCCUCGCCGCCGAUGUCCCCCGCCGCCAAGAACUCCUCGGCGGCGCCGGGCGCGUCGCCGCGGUCGUCGAAGCCCGUCCCGACCAGCGCUGCUCCUCCCUCGAAGGCCGCCGCCGAGGGGGAGCAGGCUUCUGCGCCCGCCAACGAGGCACCCGCCGUGAAGGUGGUGGUCCGGGUGCGGCCGACGGUGAGCCGGCCGGUGGACGGCAAGGAUCUGUUCUUCGUCCGCAAGACCUCCCCCUGCUCCGUCGCCGUCGGCGAUCGGUCGUUCGCCGUCGAUGGCUUCCUCGACGACAGAGCCUCUCAGGCGGAUGCUUUCGAUCUGAUUGGCGUGCCCAUGAUCGAGAGCGCCCUCGCUGGAUUCAACUCCUCCCUCGUGUGCUACGGCCAGAGCGGCACAGGGAAGACGUACACCAUGUUCGGUGCCCUCGCGGCCAUGGUUGACAGCAGCUCAGACCACGCCGACAGGGGCGUCGUUCCUCGCGUCUUCCAGAACCUCUUCGCUCAAAUCCAAGGCAGGCAAGAGAGCUCACCGGAGAAGCAGACAAGCUACCAAUGCCGGUGCUCAUUUCUUGAGGUACAUAAUGAGCAGAUUAAUGACCUGUUGGAUCCAUCUCAGCGUAACCUUCAGAUAAGAGAGAAUGCUGGCAAUGGUAUCCAUGUUGAGAACUUGACCGAUGAGUAUGUGUCAACGGUUGAGGACGUCAAUCAGAUCUUGAUGAAGGGCCUUUCAAACAGAAAAGUUGGUACUACGAGUAUGAACUUGAAGAGUUCACGUUCUCAUGUGAUAUUCAGUUGUGUCAUUGAAGCAUGGAGCAAGGGUUUCUCAAAUGGCUUCAGCAGCUCACGGACCAGCAGAAUUACCUUCGUUGAUCUUGCUGGUCCUGAUAAUGAUGAACUUGAUGGUGGCAACAAGCACUGUACAAGAGAAGAAAGAUAUGUUAAGAAGUCCUUGUCAAAGCUUGGGAAACUCGUCAAUAUUCUAUCAGAAGCACCAGAGACCCAGAAAGAUGACUCUCCCCACAAGCAAUCCUGUUUGACGCAUGUGCUGAAGGAUACACUAGGUGGAAAUUCAAGGGUUACAUUCUUGUGUUCCAUUUCUUCAGAACACAGGUGCAGAACUACAACUUUAAGCACGCUACGGUUCGGUGAGAGAGCGAAGCUCAUGUCAAACAAGGCUGUAGUAAAUGAGAUAUCAGAAGAUGAUGUUAAUGGUUUGAGCGAUCAAAUACGUCAGUUGAAGGACGAGCUCAUACGAACAAAAUCUGGAGACACUGAACCCUGCAAGAAUGGGUAUUUCAGUGCACAGAAUGCCCGUGAAAGCCUGCAUAAUUUGCGAGUCAGUCUCAAUCGCUCUCUAAUCUUGCCUCACAUAGAAGUUGAUUCAGAGGAAGAGAUGGAUGUGGAUGAAGAGGAUGUACAAGAACUGCGUGACCAAAUAAGAAAGCUUCAUUCCUCAUCUGAAGACACUUUCGAUGACUUCAUGGAUGCAGAGAGUGGUGAUGACACUCCUUGCUCUAAGGGGAAUCCAAAAACAAGUGAGGAAGAUGAUCAGCCUGUAAUAGAUGAUUGUGAAGACCCGAUUCAGGAAGAGCAUGAAGUGUUGUCCAGUACAAAAGUUGAUCAAGACCUUGUGUCUGACAGGAAAUCUUUUCUAUCAGUUAGUGCCUCCCCGCACCUGUCACCAAUGCAAGACCCUACGUUAUGUUCUUCUCCAAAGAUUCACAACAAGGCUAGAAAAAGCAUUACCUCACCAGGGCUGUCACCAAGCAAACUUAGUGUAUCUGAUUGUCCCGGUGAUGAAGUGUCCAGAAAAAGUGCAGUUCGUUCUUCUUUACAGUCAAGCAAGCUUAGCCCAACUGAUUCACUGGCUGCAAGUCUCCAACGGGGCUUGCACAUUAUGGAGUACCAUGAACAGAACCAAGGCCCAAGAAAAUCAUUUGUUGGCCUUUCAUUUGAUCAUUUUGCACUGAACCCCCGUCAAUCAGUUGCAAAAGUCAGUUCAGGAGUUCUGGCAUCACCAGAGAGGAAAGGAGCAACAUCUUCUGCUCUUUGUUCAUCCUGCAAAAAAGCGAUCGACACUGAUGGGAACCAAAAAGAUAAUAUAAAUGCAGAAAAGCAGAUUGUAAUAGCCACCAGUGUGGUACCAGAAGUUAAGGACGACAUCACCGCAUCAACAAUUGCUUCAAAGAGACAGACUGAACUUGAAGCUUUAUGUGAAGAACAGGCCGAUAAGAUCAAGGAGCUGAGCAAUUUGGUUGACCAAUAUAAGAAGUGUUCAGAAGAUGCUCAAAAUUCAGAUGGUACGGAACCUACAAAAGAACUAGUGGAUGAAGCCAAGGUUGGUGAACAACAUGGUGAGCUGAAUGUGAAUGACAGGGAAGAACUUCUUAGUGAAAUUCAGAGGUUGAAGGAUCAACUGAAACAACAAGCAGGUGAAUCCACAAAUGUCAGCCUUCUGGAACAUUUGAGGAAUGGCAGCACAGACCAAGAAUAUGAGCUAGACAGAGAAAGGGAGAAAUGGAUGGAGUCUGAAAGCAAAUGGAUAUGCCUAACUGAAGAGCUGAGAGUUGAUCUUGAAUCAAAUCGGAUGCUUGCAGAGAAAACAGAGAUGGAGCUUAGCAAUGAAAAGAAGUGCACUGCAGAACUGGAUGAUGCCCUCCAACGAGCCAUCUACGGCCACGCCAGGAUAAUUGAACAUUACGCCGAGCUCCAGGAGAUGUACAAUGAUCUUCUUGAGAGGCACCGCCGUGUGAUGGAAGGUAUCUCAGAGGUGAAGAGGGCAGCUGCCAAGGCAGGCAGGAAGGGCUGCGGGACGGCUUUCGCUGCUGCCCUUGCAGCAGAGCUGUCCACAGUGAGGAUUGACCGUGAAAAGGAAAGAGCGCAGCUGAAAGAGCAGAACAGAAGGCUCCGCAUUCAGCUUCGCGACACAGCUGAAGCUGUCCAUGCUGCUGGAGAACUUCUUGUAAGAUUGAGAGAGGCAGAGGAGGCAUCCACACAAGAAAAGGAGAGGAGUGCAGCGAUGCAGCAGGAGAACGACAAGCUCAAGAAGCAGCUGGAGAAGAUGAAGAAGAAGCACGAGAUGGAGAUGGAGACGAUGAAGCACUUCCUUGCGGACAGCCGGCUGCCGGAGUCAGCACUGGGGGGAUUCUACCGGCAGGAGAGCGAGGAUGUACCGGAGUACAACAACCAUGCCACUUCUACAUGCGACGAUGAUCAAUCUUGGCGUGCUGCGUUUACAUCUGCAUAUGAAUGAGUCUGAAUGAUUGCUUCGCUCGAGGAUCUGUCAAUUGAGCCUGGUUGACAAUUAGGAAACGCGCUUUUCUUUGGUCUAUUUCUUAUGUUUGUUCAGGUACACCAAUACGAAUAUAUGAUUGUUAUUCAAAUGCCCUUCUGGUUGGGUAAUAUUUGAACCAAUAACUGUUGUAUGAGAAUUGUACUUUUUUUGUCAUUUGUAUCUCAUUGAGUUUGCAUA